AUGUUUACCUUCACGCCUUUGCUUGGGGCGCAAUCCUCGAGCUCCAAAGCUUCUCAGUCCAUUCUUGAACUAGACGGUGGUGUGAAGAUAUUAGUCGACGUUGGAUGGGAUGAGACGUUUGACACAUCUGCGCUCAAGGAGCUGGAGAGCACUUCCGUUACAGCAUCUGAAUCAAGCUCUGGCCUUGCGAUCCCUUCGUCAAGUGCUACUUCCCAAGACCAUCCGGAACACGAAAAUACUGGAUCAUGCCGCAUUCUCCUACCAUCUCCCUCGAACGAAGACAUCGCACGAUACUUUUCCCUCAUACAUCCUUUAAAAUACUCCCAACCUCUUCAGCCAUUGCCGUCUCCCUUCUCUCCGCCACUAAAUGGCCUUACUAUAACCGCCUACAAUGCUGGCCACACUGUGGGUGGAACGAUAUGGCACAUUCAACAUGGAAUGGAAUCAAUCGUCUACGCCGUCGACUGGAGUCAAGCAAGAGAAAACGUCAUCGCCGGUGCGGCCUGGUUUGGAAGUUCUGGCGGAAGCGGGACAGAAGUUAUUGAACAGCUUCGGAAACCAACAGCGCUUAUCUGCAGUGCGAGUGGAGGAGACAAACUCACUCUUGCUGGAGGAAGGAAGAAACGAGACGGACUACUUCUUGACAUGAUUCGGAGUUGUGUUGCGAAAGGAGGCACUGUGCUUCUGCCUACUGAUAGUAGUGCACGAGUUCUGGAAAUUGCAUAUGUGCUAGAACAUGCAUGGCGAGAGGCCUCUGAUACCGGGAAUUCAGACGAGCCCCUUAAGAAUACACCUCUAUAUUUGGCCGGGAAAAAGGCGCAUGGCACCAUGAGACUGGCACGAAGUAUGCUGGAAUGGAUGGACGAGAACAUUGUCAGGGAGUUUGAGGGUGGUGACGGUGUCGAAGUUGGUGCCACUGGUAAAGCGGGAGGAACCGCAAAUCAACAGUCAAAAAAUACACAGAGUCAGAAAUCUGCAGCUGGCCAGAAAAGCCUUGGGCCGUUUACGUUUAAACAUCUGAAUCUCGUGGAGCAUAAAGCUAAGCUUGACAGCAUUCUUGAAUCCAAGGGGCCCAAAGUAAUUCUUUCGCCUGAUACUUCGCUAGAAUGGGGCCUUUCGAAGCAUGUCCUUAAGCACAUUGCUGAAAGUUCUGAUAAUUUAAUCAUCAUGACGGAGCCGCUAAAUUUCUCUACUGAAGAGCAAGGUGGUUCUAGCAACAGCUAUGGAAAUAUCCUAGGCUGUAAGAUUUGGAAACUCUACGAGGAACGAAAAGACGGCGUUGCUCUUGAAAAAUCCGCAAGUGGAGAGCUCCUGGAGCAGGUUCACAGCGGCGGAAAGGCGUUAACUCUCACCGAAGUGCAGAGGUCGUCGCUAGACUCUGACGAGCUUCUCAUUUACCAGCAAUACUUAGCAACACAGAAUCAGCUGCAAAACACUGCCCAAGUCAGGGGUAAUACCACGUUAGAGAAUGCCGCCGACGCUAUGGACGAUGCCUCCAGCUCAUCUGAAUCCGAAGAUUCCGAAUCCGAGCAACAAGGGAAAGUACUUAACUUUUCCGUCUCACUUCCCCAUUCCAACAAGCGCAAAAUGGGCCUCAGCGAUGCCGACCUAGGUGUGAAUAUUCUUCUACGCAAAAGAGGAGUGCAUGAUUAUGAUGUCCGUGGGAAGAAGGGCCGGGAAAGAAUGUUCCCCUAUGUGGCAUCUAAGAAAAGAGGCGACCAAUAUGGAGAGUUCAUCCGACCAGAGGAAUAUCUAAGGGCAGAAGAGCGCGAAGAAGCGCAAGUCCAAGACCCGCGUGGGCCUUCCGGGAAUAUCCAAUCGACACCUGGCCAAAAGCGACGCUGGGACAAGGCUGGCUCUGGCGGGAACCAGGGGUCCAACAAACGACGCCAGCUAUCGCAACCUUCCGACGACAACAUACCUAGCAAUGAGCUAUCUCCACCUAAUGGACUCGUCAACAGCGAUGCUGAGAAUGCCGAAGCCUCAGAGGAAGAUGCCGAAAGCCAGACUCUUACUGAGGGACCCUCAAAGGCAACCAUUGUACACUCUUCGCUCGCAUUGAAUGCACGACUAGCAUUUGUGGAUUUCGCCGGUUUGCAUGAUAAACGAAGUUUGGAGAUGUUAAUUCCCCUUAUCCAGCCCCGCAACUUGAUUUUGAUAAGGGGAACAAAGGAAGAAACCCUGGCACUUGCCGCGGAGUGCAGGAACCUACUUUCUGCUACACGGGGAGCCAGCACUACGUCGACGACGAAACGUGGCGUCGAUGUAUUCACCCCUUCAAUAGGAGACACGGUCGAUGCUAGUGUUGACACGAAUGCUUGGAUGGUUAGACUAAGCCGGCCAUUAGUUCGACGAUUAAUGUGGCAGAAUGUCAGUAACCUAGGCGUUGUUGCACUCGUGGGAAACCUACAGUCGUCGCAAGCCAUAUCAUUACAAGAAGAGGUGCUAGAACAGUCUAAAAACAAGGGCAAAGGAGAAGCAUGGAAGGCAACUGGGCCUGUGGAGAGUCAAGCUAAUCAGUCUCUUAUCAAAAAUGAAAAGAUUCCAGUCCUCGACAUACUACCUGCUAGCCUUGUUGCAGCGACGAGAUCAGUGACAAAGCCGCUGCAUGUUGGCGACCUCCGGCUAUCUGAUCUUCGCAAACUUAUGCAGUCCUCUGGGCAUUCCGCAGAGUUCAGGGGUGAAGGCACAUUGCUUGUUGAUGGCUUUAUUGCCGUGAGGAAAGCGGGUGCUGGCAAGAUAGAAGUUGAAGGCGCAGCCCGACCAUCACCGAACAACCCAACCACUAUGAGACACGGCACCGGAAGCUUCCUCGCGGUGAAGCAAAAGAUAUAUGAGAGCCUCGCCGUUGUUUCUGGGCAUAGCAGUUGA